CUUCAAGGUCCGCUAUCAGUAAUCGGACGCGCUAUCGUUGUGCAUAUGAAUCGCGAUGAUCUUGGAUUAGGGACGAAAGAAGCGCAAGCAGAAAGUGAAUUAACUGGAAAUGCCGGACAACGCAUUGGCUGUGGUAUUAUAAAGCGAUUCGGCUCUGCUAUGCCUCAUUGA